AUGCCUAAAGUUGUAAUAUUUGAAAGCACCGAGAGUCUACCAAAGUUUUAUCACGCGGCCUCAAGAAAGAGUAUCAACGACUUCAAGGACGACGAUUCCCGUAUCGAUCACAAGCAGCUUGCAGACUACAUCCAUGAGCAAGUAGAAGUGAACGGCAACCCACUGGUUAUUGGCGAUUUCAAUACGCUUCCUUCAUGGGAUCGCGAGUUGUUCCAUUUGAACCGAUUUCUCGAGUUGUAUGAAGAUAAGGUCCAAGUGUUCCAUAUGGUACUGAGGUACACCGUGUCAAUGUCAACCGACGAGUUUCUCAAACGCCUUCAACAACGCGAUGCAAACGACUUGCAAGACAACAAUGACGAUCAGCAGGAAGACACUGACGACACCAAGAAACGUUUUGAUCGAUAUGGAAAGGACCUCAGCUGCCCAACCGUUAUUCAAGAGAAGCUUCGAUCCAUGUUGCCGAACGACCUUUUGCCACUUGAUACAACAGAUCUCUUUGUUCAUAUGCCCAAGCACUUGCGAGCUGAGAAUCUAAUGUGCUAUGUCGGCAGUGAUGGCACAGGCACAGCAGUACAUCGUGACAUUUGCGCUACAUUGGGCCACAACUUGAUGAUUUACGGUGAUGAAAACGCCUACUCAGAGUGGAUAAUGAUCACCAACGAUGAACGUCCAAAGCUUCUCCAAGCCAUCCAUCAGACCAAGUCAAAAUACAACGUUGAUUCCACCACGCCCAUCAAAUCAAGCACCUUUGUGGAAACGGAUCGAGGAUGGGUUUCUCGUAAGCACGUUCAUCAACAGCGUAUCAAGACACACGUGAUCUUACAACGCCCUGGAGAUUUGGUUCUUGUACCAAGCAUGUGCUAUCAUCAAGUACGCAAUGUCAAUACGUCUAUCAAGGUUGCUUGGAAUCGUGCCACGCCAAGAUCGUUACAGAUGGCUGUUCAGAAACAACUUCCCAUAUACCAGCGCCUCAUCAGACCCGAAGUUUAUCGUUGUAAAGCAAUGGUGUAUCGUACUAUCCUCUCAUUGACAAAUGCCAAUGACAAUAGCCGUGAAGUACCUUCCAUGGAUGGAUGCGAUGAUGAUGAUGAUCAUAGCGCAACAGUGCCAGGAACACCCUUGAUGAAUGAUACUUCAGAUACCAACAUGUCGUACAGCAAAGGACGACCUCCUCUUCUUACGCAUGCAAAGAGCAACACGCACGCUGAAUACGAAGAAUGCUCUAUUCUUGCUGAUCUCUUUUAUUACGACAUCCUUUUACCCGAAGCCAUCGAGCCAAUCCGAUCCGAAGGUGUGGAUGACAAGAAUAUCUAUUGCGAUAUGAAGAUACGGGAUGACAUGUUUGAAGGAAUCUGCGACUUUUGCCAUGCUGAUAUCUUUUAUCGCUACUAUCACUGUUCCUCGUGCAACUACGACAUUUGCAUGGCAUGCUAUAGUCAAGGAAGGAGCUGCAAUCAUAUGGAUCAACUUGUCAUGGCCCAAGGCAUUAUUCCCUUUGAUCAACUUGUCAAGGUUUACACUGAUUUCAUUGACGCCAUCAACGCCACAUUCGAGGAUUUCAAAGCUAUACCAAAUAGGCUGACAAAAGCUGGAAGAUUCCGUUUUGAUGGUCAGCGAUACAAUCUCGCCACAUUAUGCCGACGCCUCGAAAAAUAUCGUCAAAGAAACAAGAUGUUUUCCAAUUACUUUUCUUGUGGGCACUGUCACAAGCUAGCGACACUUGAGGAAUUGUACAACGAAGAGGGAUUGGACCUUCCGGAUAUCUUUGGACAAAAGCGAUGCCAGCAAUUACGAUCGAAUCAAAAACUUAAUAUGGCUUGGGUAUGCACCAAGUGCGCAAGGCAAUGUGGCGAUGGAUGUGAAGUUCCAGAAAAGAAAAGUGGGCCAAAGGUGGAUGAGCUCGUGUACUACCUGCCACCUGAGAAUGAUGCUCGAAAUAUGGGUGGUCCAUCUGAUAAAUGUUUCAACAAGACUCUCUAUUGGCCAAGGAAGAACGUUGAACAGGAGGGUGUAUCGACCAAGUGGACAAAGGAUGAUCUUCGUGGACAAAUACUGGGAAGCCUUAUGGACAAGCUGCAUCCACGUACUCUCAAGUCUGAUCUUCCUUAUCGCCACACGAUGCAGAAGUUGGUGGAGGGAUUAACAAUCAAUGCCGAUCAUUGGUUCUCUUUGGUUGUUGAGAAAUUGAAAAAGGUUAACCUUCGUCGGCUCACGUUAUCGCCUCCCAAAGACAUGCCAGGCUUCAGCAAUCAUCGCAGAAUGAUCAUUGAUCUUGAUAAUGUGAUUCUCAAGAUACCCAAAGGCACAAAGCUAGUGGAAGGAAGGAAGAAACGCCAUGAAAACAAUGACAACAGCACUCCAGACAAUGAACAAAACAAUGACAACAUAUCCAUGGAGGAGGAGGAUGAGGAUUUGCCCAGUGCUGAAAGGGAUGAUGCUCUGCCAAACGUAUCCAUGAUGGAGGAGAGUGAGGAGUUACCCAGUGCUGAAAGGAAUGAUACUCGGCCAAACAAGAGAAGACCGUUUCAAGCCAAUGGUGUUGAACGUGCCAAGCGAUCCAAGAGAAGAAAUCCCCCCAUGGAAGAAGAAGAUCCAACCAUACAAAUCAAUUAUAAUAUGUAA